CAAAGUGCAAGUGGAAUAAUUCCUGGAGCCCUCUCUCUUUCCCUAUUGGCUAAAUUCACUCACAGUGCGUGAACCAAUUGUUGUGUCCUGAGACAAGCAACUAUGACUUAGAGCCAUUAAUAUUCUUCUUAAAACCUUGAAUAUGAGAAAUAAUCAAUCAUUUGCCAAACUCUGUUGAAAACAUAGACAGGCUGGCUGUUCAGAGGAGUCUCAUAAAUUGGAGAAAGACGAAGAAAGAAUCAUUGUUUUAGCUACAAUCGAAAAGAUGAUUCCUCUAGUUAGCAAAUUAUACUGUUCAUCUUCCGAGGUUGUGUUUGUCGUUAGGACGAGACCACAUGUUAUUAAUGGAGGAGGUUUUGUAGUGACAGAUUGUGAUCAGAAAGUUGUUUUUAGUGUUGAUGGGUGUGGAGUUCUCGGAAAGGAAGAUGAACUGAUUCUGAGAGAUGGGAAGAGGGAUGCUUUGCUUUUACUACGUGGGAAGGGAGGGAUUUUUGAGGCUCUAAGCUUUCAUAAGAUGUGGAGGGCUUACAAAUACGAUUUCCAAGGAUCUAAAAAGGUAGUUUUCAGCUUGAAAAGGCCUAAGUCAUGUCUUCCUGUGAAAAACGAUGUUGGAAUCAAAAUCAACACAAAACCAAAGGUCAGCACAAAGGAUUGGGACUUCGAGAUCAAUGGAUAUUUCCCUGGUAAAAAAUGUAGCAUCAUUGAUUCUCAAGGCAAUGUAGUAGCUCAGAUUGGGACAAAUAAAAAGGCUGGGGAGAUGUUGAGUAAGGAUAUCUACUAUGUGUCAAUAAAACCUGGAAUUGAUCAGGCCUUUGUUGUUGGAGUCAUUGCUAUUCUCGACAACAUCUAUGGCGAAUCAACCAGCUGCUGAAUUUGUAAGAAGGAGAACAAUUUAAGCAAGGGGAGGAUGGUGAUUACUCAUUGCUCUUCCAUCAAAUAGUGAUUAAACUGGAGGUUUGUGGUGGCAUUCUAUUUCGCUUGUCUCCAUGAACUGAGUCUGCAUUUUUUGUCAACUACAAUGUAUUCUUUUAAAUUUUAUAGCAUUCUUCUGUGUAAAUGUAAUUGAACUCUUUAGUUUC